UAAGAUUUGUUUGAAUUUGAAUCUUAGAAGGUUAUGUUAUGUUGAACUUAUUUCUUUUGUAGUAGUAGAAGUGGAUUAUCCGGUUUUUCUCUAAUUAUUUUGAGUUGGAUCAUUUCUUUCGUCGUCCAAAUUGGACAAGAGAAAAAUCAUACUGAAUUUUAUCGGACAGAAAAAAAUACUUAUUAAAAAUGUCGGGGAUUUUGCAUCCUAAGAAAAAACAAACUCAGCCCUUACAGAAUGUAAAAGUGGUUGUUCGAAUAAGACCUGUAACCAAACAAGAAGAGGACCAGAAUGUAAAAAGCAUCUUGAAGUGCCCCACACAUAAAGAACUUUAUAUGAAAGAAAAGAAAUAUACUUUUGACAGGGUUUUCAAACCUACUGCCUCACAAAUCGAACUUUACUUGAAUGUUGUUUUUCCCUUGAUAAAAGAUGUUGUGGCCGGGUACAAUUGUACAGUAUUUGCUUAUGGUCAAACUGGAACAGGCAAAACAUAUACGAUGACCGGUGAAAAGUGUAAUCUAAUUGGAAACUGGAACGAGGAUAAAGAUGCUGGAAUUAUUCCUAGAGCUGCAUUCCAUAUUUAUGAUGAGCUGAAUAAAAUGUCCAACGUGGAAAUGAAUGUUAAAGUGUCAUACAUAGAAUUAUAUAAUGAGGAGAUUCGUGAUCUCUUGAGUGAAGACGAAAACACUUUACAGAUGUAUAGUGAUAAUAAAGGUAAUGUUUCCAUACAAGGAUUGACUGAGGUAUCAGCUCAUGAUAGCGAAGGAAUUUGCAAAUUACUACAAAGAGGAAUUGUUAAAAGGCAAAUAGCACCAACACUCAUGAAUCAUCAGAGCUCUCGAUCACAUACAGUUUUUACAAUAUCAAUUAAUACCAGGGAAAGUACUCCAACUGGAGAUGAUAUUUUAAAGGCUGGUAAAAUCAAUUUAGUUGACUUGGCUGGAAGUGAAAAUAUAGCGAGGUCUGGGUGCAAAGAUUUGAGAGCGAUGGAACUUGCAAAUAUCAAUAGAUCGCUACUCACUUUGGGCAGAGUCAUUCAUGCCCUUGUGGACAAGAAUCAAAAGCACGUACCUUACAGAGACUCAAAACUGACUCGAAUUUUGCAAGACAGUUUAGGAGGUCACACAAAAACAGUCAUUAUCGCAACUAUCUCUCCAGCACACACAUCCCACGAAGAGACUACCAGUACCCUGGAGUAUGCGACUAGAGCGAGGGACAUUAAAAAUACACCAAUCAUUAACGAAAAACUCACAAAACAUGAAAUGAUUGAUGGAUUGGUUAAGGAGAUAGAUCGCUUACAAAAAGAUUUAGACGCCGCCCGUUCAGGCACUGGUUUUUAUGUAGACAAAGAAAAUUAUCAGCGAAUGAUUGAUGCCAUCACAGCCGUCACAGGAGAACAGAUCACGCCAGAAGAACUAGCAAGCAAAAAAGCUGAAAGAAUCAGUAACUUGAAGGAGUACAUGGAAGCAAAAGUGAGACAGUUUGAGGAAACUGUUGAGCUGUGUAAACGCCACGAAGAGGAAUUGGAUAAGGCUAAGGCUGCCAUUAAGGAAAAGGAUGAAACAUUAGAACAAGAAAGAUUCCUUGCCAAAUGGUAUGAGAGCCAGUCCAGUGAAAAAUUUAAUGAAGCACAAAAUUUAUUGAAAACCACAAAAUUGUUGAAUAAAGAAAAGGAAAUUUUGCUGGCUAAAUUAGAACAUCAAUUCAAUAUAAAUCUCUCCAAUGAAACUGUUUUGCAGAAUGCAGUAAGAACUGUGAUAAAUAUGAUCAACAAAUUUGAGGAAGAAGAGUCAUCAAAAAUGAAAGCUUCUGAACAAAAUAUGCAAAUGCAAUUUACAGAAAAUUUAUUGAAACUCAAAGAUGAAUUUAAAAAUCAUACGCAAACUAUUAAAAAUGGAUCAGGAACGCUGAGUAAGGAAAUAGCAAAAAAUAAUUUUUCCGUUCAAAAAAGCGUUGAGGAACAAUCUAAAGAGUAUAUACAAGUGGUCAAGAGCAAAGCUGCACUCUUAGGUGAUGUUUUAUUUCAAUAUAGCAGGCAACUACAAAUUUUCAAAUCGUCUGUCCCAAAACUUGCAGAGGGAUACAGAUCGAAGACUGAGGAGUAUUUUAAAAACGCUACAGAAAUGCUGAAGGCCUCAGAUGAUACUAUGAAAACUGAAAUUGUAGAUGCAAACUCAAAAACUCGCAAUGAACUCGAUGAGUUACAACGAACUAUAGAAAAAAGGAAGUUAGAGGAUGAAAAGAAUUUGAGGGAACUAGAAUCAAUGGUACUUAUAACAAAGAAUAGGAUAGAGGAAGAUUGUAUUAUUUUGGAUCAAAUUAGGAAAAUUAAAGAAAAUGUUUCUGUGGUGGAAGAGAGGACUAACGUACACACAUUAAUGAAAAUUAAAGAGUUGGAAAGAUUGACUAUGGACUCUAUUAAAUCUUUUGAGGAUUGUGUUCAACUAGUACCAAACGUAGAAGAAAUCCAAGGUGAUCAAAUAAAUGCUUUGUUGUCUGCCAUCAACGAUUUAGAAAUGAAACUCAACGAAACAUGUGUUAACUUAGAUAACAAAUAUCAAAAUAUAUCCCACCAAACCUUGGAAUAUUUUGAUAAACAUUUAGCUAGUACGUGUCAACAAAUUGAAAGUAGCCUGGACAGUGAAGUGAACAUUAUCAUAAGUAAUAUUGAUACAGUGGUGGGGAUAACGCAGAGGUUCAUUGACUCGUAUUAUGUAUUCGCCAAAAAUAUGAAGCAAGUCGUUGAGGAACAAAUUGUAGGGAAAAAUGUCUCCGCAAGGCAUGCAGGGGAUACGCCUAUUCGACAGUCCAUGUCUUAUCCUUCAAAAAUUCAAAAUCCAACACCAAGAGAAGCCCUUAUCGAGAAAUUCAAACAAUCUACACUACAAGCGAUGGACGAGGAAUGGAACGAGCUGUAAUGAUACUUUUAAGUUGCAAAUAGUAUUAUUUUCAAAAUCGUUACUUCCCACUUUCAGUUUUUUGUGAUGUAGAAUUUAAAUGUAAAUAUAUAACAUAUGUUUUUGUUUUACACCUCUAGAUUAUAUUAAGGUUAGUUUUCUGAUGUUUUAUAUAUCUUCUCAAAGUAUUUUAACAAUUUUAUUUAGGAGGAAAUAAUAAAUCAUGUAUUAUUUUUCUAUAA